GAACGUUUUCUAUUCUCCAGUCGGGCAACCAAUCCAAUUCAACAAAAAAAUAAUUCUUGUGAAAGCGUAGCGGACUCGGGAACUAUUGCGUCUUAGAAAUUUGAUUUCUUUGUAAAAUCAAGAUUGAAUAUACAAAACAUGUGCAUAAACUCUUGACUUUCAGAUUUUAAUUGAUAACCAAACUGGGUAAGAUGGUGUCAACGAGGCAGAUGAGUAGCGUCGGCGGCGGCGGCGCUGGCUGCGGCGAGGGAGCUGGCCCUACGCACGCAGAGCCCGCGGCCGUGUCUCGCGUGACUCGGCACUCCAGCGCCCAGCUCCCGGGGGGGUCGUCGCCUCACUCCUCGGCGCCGCCGGCUCGCUGCUCGGCGCUGGUCCCAGCGCCCAAGCCCUACUCUACAAGCCUGCUAGACUUGCCCAUUGAAAUACAAGAGAAGAUAUUUCGUAUGAUGGGCUUUAAAUAUGUGUCCCAAAUCAGGAUGGUGAACCGACACUUUAACACAUUGUGUAGUAGUAUAUUAAACUCUACGUUCCGACGGCUGCAGAACCAGAUGUUGCAAAGAUUUCAGUCCAUCAAGGCCAAGAUGCCUCGCCGAGAGUCUGCACGUAGGAGCCAUCAUUUGGCCUGCGAGUCGGACAUUAUUGAGACUUUGCACAUGCGACUAAGCCUUCUGCAGAUGACUUUUGGUAAACAUAUAGAGAGGAAACACUGCUGUUUCUUCCCUGGCGAGAUAUUGGAUGAAGUAUACAGUAUUCUAUCAUACUUGAAAACAACACAAAAACUAGCGAGGCCUUACAAAGUGACAGAUGAACUGUUCGAUCUGACCACCAUGGCCAUGGAGUACUUUAAGGAACACAUCGAACCUAACUUGCCAGAAAUAACGUAUUUUGGUACUGAUUUCUUCGACAUCACAACCGCAUUUUCUCCCGGCGAGAGCAGUAAAUCAUACAUGUGCCUUGACUCGCCGCCGCCCAGCGGCUUCGAAUCCGGCAGCGCGGCCGCCAGCGCCGUCUCCGACCGUCGCGUUUCCAUCUCCAACCUAUUCAUGGAGGAGAGCCUCCCGCCGUCGCCGCCGCCGCCGCAGAGCAACAUGGUGCUGCGGAAACGGAUACACCGCAUCAAGCAGGGGAUGAAGAAGUACAACGACCAACUAUCCGCCUUACGUAGCGAUCUGCGCAGCUGCAAACGCAAGACCGCACUCCAACAGAAGCAGAUCGCCGAACAACAGAAGCAGAUCGCCGAACAGCAGAAGCAGACGCUCGAUUACGCUAGUCGUCUGGACGACUACGACAAGAAGAAUGAGGAGACCAGUCGCAAGUUCCAGACGCUGUUGCAGGAGCUGAACAAGUGCAAGACGGAGCUGCAGUACUGGCGUUCGCGUUCGCCCGCCGUGCCGCCGCUGUGCGCCGAGUGCGGCGCCGCGUUACAUUUGAUGCAGCCCGCUAAUAUGUGGGCGGCCGGCGGCAGCACGGAGCCGGAGCUGGAGGUGGCGGGCGGCAGCGGCGCCGGCGCCGGGGCGACGCCCGCGGCCGCGGCCGCGCCGCCGCCCGCGCCCGCCGCACUCGAGCCCGCGGUGAAGCCCGAGCUGAAGCGCGCCUCGCCCGCGCCCGCGCCCGCGCCCGCGCCGGCGCCCCGGCCGCGCGCGCCGCGCACCGACUCGUCCGGCGACGAGCACUCGCCCGCCGCCGCGCGCCGCCGCGCCUCCGCCGACGCGCACACGCCCGACCGCAAGAAGCGCCGCCUCACGAGACCGCGCAAGCUGUGA